AUGGAAGUACAAAGUCAGAGAAAAGAACAAGAUGUCAAGCAAGAAAACGAAGUGGUACAACACCCCCGGGAUAAAAUCAAAGCUUCAAGAAAAACUUACAAAGUAAUGUAUGAGAAACUCCUUGAUCAGCUGCUUAGGACACAACCAGGAAGAUUCCACUCACACUGCAACGGUCUACUUUGGGCUAUCGGUAACAAUGAAGACGGAGCUCCAAAGUACAGUGCAAAUCGGCUCAAGUCAAUCAUGGAAAAAUCACCAGACGUGGAUUACGACCAUAAUCUCCGAAAAGAAAUUGAAGCUGGUGCUGAACGGAACAAUAGUGAAGAUUUUGUUAUUGACCACACUCUCUUUGAUUAUUAUGCUAGGUAUGAGGACAGCGACUUCAACGUGCUCUACAUCAGACGAACCGCCAAGGGAGGCGAACAACCAUUUCCCGAUUAUGACAAACGCGACAAUUCCGACGACUCAGACGACAAUUUCUUCGAAUCAGAUGACGACAUCAGUGAAGACAGUGACAGGACCGUAUCUGUGCGAAUCGGAGAGCCAGAUGAAAGUGAAUCAAGCUGCAGCUGUAUCAACUUAUUACUCGAGGGGAAUGACACCAACAGUGAGUACUCAGACGAGAGCACAGACGACGACAGCAGGGAUGGGUCAUAUGAUGAGAGACUUGCAAAGGAAGAGACAGAUGCGGAUGCAACGGCUAAAGCGACUAAAGGUGCUUGA